AUGGCACAAUCGGUGGAUACCCAGGGUCGGCCACUGUCCUUAGCCGAUUUGCCACCAGACGCACGGGAAGUGUUUCGGAAUCUGAAAUCGUUCAACAAAGUCCAGACUGCCGUGGCGGCCACCAUUCUACAAUCGACCGACUCGCUGGUGGUCAACGCCCCGACCGGAUCGGGCAAAACGGUCAUCCUCGAACUGGCAAUCGUGCGGCUGGCCCUGGCAUCGCGGGACAAUUAUCGGAUCGUCUACCUUGCUCCGACCCGCUCGUUGUGUGCCGAAAAGUACCACGAUUGGAAGGACCGUCUCGGAGCGCUGCGCAUCAGUUGCAUUCAGUACGACGGCGAUAAUGCCGUCGAAGACAUCAACAAACUAAGCAACCAUCGGCUGAUUCUGAGCACACCGGAAAAGUGGGAAGUGUUCACGCGGAACUGGGCGGAUCGGAACGUGGCGAAUGUCCUGCGGCACAUCAAACUGUUCCUUAUCGACGAGGUGCAGGUAAUGGAAGAUAGUGAACGUGGCGCAAACUUGGAGCUCGUGGUGGGGCGCAUGAAACUCAUCGAUGCCCGAAUGAACCGUGAUCAGCUAGCGAACGACGGGGUAGAUCCAGCGCCUACGCUGGAUUCAAUCCGCUUCAUCGCCGUAUCGGCCUGCGUUCCCAAUGUGGACGAUUUCGCGCGCUGGCUGCAAAACGAUCGCCACGUGGCCGCAUUCAGUUUCGACGAGACGGACCGCCAGACGACACUUGAGCGCCACGUGCUCGGGUAUCCGUGCCAUGCGGGAGCUUACAAGUUCGAGCUGAAUCUGAACUAUAAGCUGGUGGACAUUAUUACUAAGUACGCCUGCGAGAAGCCGACUCUCAUCUUUUGUUCGUCGCGAAAAAGCGCCGAAACGACGGCCAGCUUCUUGGCUCGCGAAAUGCAGAUCAAAAGGGGGCCACUGCCUCCGGGCGGAACAGCUUCCGGCAUGGCGGGCAAACAUUUACAGGACCUCGUCGCACGUGGUGUCGCGUAUCAUCACGCCGGACUGUUGGCUUCGGACCGGACUCGCAUCGAAAGUAGCUUCCGGAGCGGCCACAUUGCCAUCCUUUGCUGUACAAGCACGCUUUGUAUGGGAGUUAACCUUCCGGCGUACCUCGUGAUCAUCAAGUCCACCUUCAGCUACACGGGCAAGGACUACUCGAACAACUACCUGCUCCAGAUGAUGGGCCGUGCCGGUCGGUCGGAGUUUAACGAACACGGGGUUGCGGUAAUAAUGACCACGGAAUCGAACGUCGAUCGGUACCGGAAGCUGGCGGCCAAUAUGUUGCCCACCGAAUCGCAGCUUCACAACAAACUUCCCGAGCUGCUAAACUCCGAGAUAGCGUACGGAAUGAUCUAUGAUCGGCCGGCGGUGCACGAGUGGAUCAAGUCGACAUUUUUUUACGUUCGAGCCUCGGCCAAUCCGUCGCAUUAUCAGCUAUCCGGUGGGCGCCCUGUGGACGAACAAAUCGAAGAACUGUGCCAGAGCACCUUGGAGUCACUACAAACGAGCGGGUUGAUUGUGGCUCGACGCCCGGACGUCUUACAACCGUCCGGAUGCGGCAAGCUGAUGGCCCGCAACCAUAUGUCCUUUGCCACGACGAAACUUCUCCUAUCGGAGCUAACGGGACGCGAGACGCUGCAGGAAAUGUUGUCCCUCGUUUGCCGGGCGGAUGAGUUCAGCUCGUUCAAAUGUCGCAUGAACGAAAAGCGAAUCCUUAACUCGCUCAACAGCUCGGAAUCACCGUCGGCGCCGGAUAGUUCCGAUGGCGCCGGAAUAAGGUUUCGUUGGCCAGGGCGCAUCAGUACCACCGGCGCCAAGGUGUACUGCUUGGUACAGGCCGUGUUCGGCUGUUUGCCCAUCAACGACCACGGUCUGCAUCAGGAAGCGGCCAAAAUCAUAACGCUCGGUGCGCGCAUAAGCCGAUGUAUCAUCGGGUUGCUGAACAGCAAUCGGGACCGCUUCGGGACCGGGAGCUUUCGAGCGUUGCGCAGUGCCGCUACGUUGAGCCAAUGUUUUCAGGCAAAGCUGUGGGAAAACAGUCCGCUCAUCAGUCGCCAGCUGGCACAGAUUGGACCGAGGCUCGCGCAGCACCUGGCGGAACGCGGAAAAAACUCGUUCCAAACCAUUCGCGCCACGGAUCCGCGGGAACUGGAAUGGAUCGUCAAGAAGCAGCCACCGUUCGGUAACGAGCUGAUCAGUUUCGUUAAUCAGUUGCCGGAAUUUUGUAUCGAACUUACAAAGGCACCUUCCGAGGGUUCCGAAGGAUCAGCUGAGUUUUCGUGCACGGUCUACCAGCGGAACGGUAGCUACCGUGCCGUGGCGCCGGAAUCGUCCGUCAUCUUUAGCGUGCUGGUGGGAGACUCGUCCAACAGGACGUUGCUUUAUCACGAUGGCUGUAGCGCGGAAAGCAUCCCAGCGGAAGGAUGUACUUGGCCAAUCCAUGCGUACGGUGGUUCCGUCGACUCGAUCACUGCGCAGCUGAUCUGCGGCACUUGGGUUGGACUAGAUUGCAUUCACACUGCGCGGUUGAGCGACCGCCACGAAUCCAUUGCCACGAAGCAAACGACCAUAACGCAUUUUUUCCCCUCCAGAAUGGCCAAUGAUACGAUGGACGUGAGCUUUGGGCCCAUUGGACCUGUCUAA